CGCGAGCGCUGGAGCCGGCCGGAUCUGGCGCUGCGGGCUGGAGCGAAGACUGAGGAGGCGGAGCAGGAGCAGCGGCCGGCCGCGCGCUCCAGAAGGGAUCUGAGCAGCGAGUGCAUGACCACCGGGCAACAGAGGUCGGAGAGGUCGGCAUGGACGUCCAGGGCCACGCGGACCGAUGGGACCCAUGGGACCCCAGGGACCCAAAGGACAGAACGGAUUCCCAGGACGAAAGGGAUCUCCAGGGUAUCCAGGCUUCCCGGGUCCGAUUGGGCUGGACGGUCCAAAAGGAGAACCGGGCGAACCCGGCAAGAGUGGCGCCGUGGGACCUCCUGGCAGCCCAGGCUAUGACGUCUUCUCCACAGCGAAGGGGAUCAAGCGAUCUGUGACCAGCUUACGCGGGGGCACACUGGGCUACGCUGAGAUUGUGGCCAUCAAGGGCCUCUCCCAGCUUGGCUUUAACCUUGACCCCGACAAUAUUCUCAUGCUCAAAGGCGAGAAGGGUGAGCCGGGCCCGAUGGGCUCGGCGGGACCCACGGGUCCCACGGGCCUGCCCGGCAUCAGCGGCAUCCAGGGUGGGCCGGGCAAGCCUGGCCUGCCGAGCGAGCCGGGCCCGCCGGGACCGGCCGGGCCGCCGGGACCCGAGGGACCCCCGGGACCGCCAGGAGCACUGGGAAGCAAGGGCGAGAAGGGCGAACGAGGCCUGAUCUCGACCGUGGACGGCAGCAGCUUCCCCACCGGCUUCAUCGAAGGACCGCCAGGUCCUCCCGGCCCCGAGGGCCCACACGGCCCACCAGGCGGCCUGGGUCCCGUGGGCCCUCCGGGACCCGUCGGCGGGCGGGGAUCGCCCGGGCCACGCGGACGUCGAGGCAAACGGGGGAAGAACGGUCGCGCUGCGAUGAUUGGCCGACCGGGCAAGCCGGGCCCGGAGGGUCAGAAGGGAGAGCACGGCUUCAAGGGAGAGAAGGGUGGGAUGGGCGACAUGGGUCUGCCGGGCCUGCCGGGAGAGAGGGGACCGGUCGGUCCCACCGGACGGGACGGACUGGAUGGAGAGACCGGACCACAUGGACCACCUGGACUUCCCGGUAUUGGUGGACCCAAAGGAGACCGCGGAGAAGUCGGAGACAUGGGACCACCCGGUCUGAUGGGACCACCCGGCCUGCCCGGACCGCCGGGUCUCCCGGGGUCUCCGGGCGAGAAGGGCACCAAGGGAGACUCGAAAUAUAAGAAGCUGCGGCGGCGGAACGGCGCCAAGCAGGAGCAUGGCCUGGUGGAGUACGUGGCCGGGCCGCCGGGACCGCCGGGGGCACGCGGUCUCACCGGUCCGCAGGGACCGCCCGGCAUCAAGGGCAGCCGAGGUCUCGACGGCUCCAGGGGACUCACGGGUGGCAAGGGAGAGAAGGGUGACUCCGGCCCAAUUGGACUUCCGGGACCGAUGGGUGUUCGAGGCAUACCUGGACACAAGGGAGGCACCGGCUCACCGGGCUUGCCGGGGCUGGACGGCAUCAAGGGCUUCAAGGGCGAGCCGGGCCUGAAGGGAGAGCGGGGAGACCCCGGGCUUCCGGGGACCGACGGGAUCCCGGGUCUGAAGGGUGAAAAGGGAGACAGGGGACAACUGGGUCCGCCCGGUCGGCGCGGCCGGAAGGGUGACCCGGGUCUGAAGGGCGAGCAGGGCGUGCCCGGCCUGGACGCCCCCUGCCCGGUGGGCAGCGACGGCCUGCCCCUGCCCGGCUGCGGCUGGCGGCCGCCGGCGCAUCAGCACGACGCGUCCGUGGUGCUCUGAGUCUGCGACUUCCCACCACGCGUCCAGACUCAGCGCUGCCAAAUUGUUGCCAAAUGGACCGCCGGCGGCGGCGCGGGCCGCGCGUCCCCGGGGUUUGCGAACGUUUGCCGCCGUGAUGCCGUCGGCGGUGAGAGGUCACGACCUGUGGCAUGCACGCACAUGCCCCAGGCGCUGCCGGGUGACCCCUGACCUGGGGCCAUCGGGACCGAGCACCAGCGGACUGAGUGGUGACGGCCCAAGCGCGCCCCGGCCAAGGACGGUAGCCAGUGUGCAAGUGAGCGUAGUGCAAGUGGAACUCGUACGGCGGCAGGGGCCUGUUGAGUGUAAUACCCCGCGCUGUGUGGUAGAUACACUACGCCGGCGGGGUGCCGAUGUGCGAUCGUCAUAACCGAAGUAUGUUUAUAAAGCGGACCUACGUCUGCCCACCCGGCCACCGCCGUCGUGUGCGUUGUUUGCUCGUUUACAGUUCGUUAUGUGGCGCGUGCUGAACACCGUUAAUACGUGGUUUUAGUUGUCCACCAUUCUUCUGUCGUGACGCUCUUUGAGACCACUGCCCCCUCUGGAAAUGCUCUUCGAAGAGGAGACCGGAAGCAUUCUUACGUUUGAGAUAAGCUCACAGCUAAACGUAGCGGAGAUGCACAGGUCUUUCCAGGCAUUUUCACGUCGCGAAUCGCGUCCCUAACAAAGCGCGUAUGUCGAAACCCGGAGCCUACCGAACAAGGCGUAAUCACAUGCAUGUACUCUGUAUGCAUAAAUGGUGGUGUUGCCAAACUGCUGGAAAUCCGCGUGUGCUCUUAAAAACCCAGUUUCUUGCAAACUGGCUGUUCAUUUCAAAAGGAUCUGGUUCUCUACCUCAGCAUCGGAGAAACACGAAGUCAACUUAACGUCAUCCAGUGCAAGGUUAAAGGGCUCACAAUACGGCUACGUUGUGGCUGGCGCCGAACUUUGCCCUGAUUUUUGGCACACUGAUCGGUCAAAAUUCAGACUAUACACUCCGUACCGUGCCAUUUUAUACUCUGCUCCACAAUCGCCGUCGUCUUUUGCAAUCCCUUCCGGCCACCCAGGAAUGCAUCGUUUUCUCAGACAUCUCCGACAGGUUGUCAUUAUCUGUCAAAUACUGUCUCAGGCUGUCUGAUCGCCUCCCUCAGCGACCCUCCACGCCCCGCCGUCGCUCAUCGUGACCCUCUGUCCCCACCCACCCGUCGGCCUCAGGUCGGCCUCGGGUCGACCUCGGGUCGGCCGGGGUCCGCCCGGCCGUUGGUGCUGGUCGGAGGAUGCCUGAGGUUUGAGAACCCCUGUCGGUCGCGGCCGGUCCCGCCAGAGGCAUGAUGUGGUCAGCUGGUCGUCAGACGACUCCGUUAGUGUACUGAGGCGACGUAGACUGUGGUCGGGAUCUUUUGUAUGCGACGUGACAUCUGACAAGCGGUUUUAAUAUGUUCGUCUGCGCCCUGGCUGUCGAGGGACAUAAUGUGUGCAACAGAUAAUACAUGGAAUACAUAUAGUGGACACUCGUCAUA